UUGACUCUAUCGCUGAGGUGGAUGAGAUUGAGGAUGAUGUCUGUGGCGCAGAUGUGGAUCAUAUGACGUCCAAUAACGUGCUCAGUGUUAUUCAUGCUGGUGAAACGGCUAUUAUGGAAGAUAGCAACUGUUCUGAAUCUGACCGAAGUGGCGUUGAUGAUGUUGACGACUUAAGUGAUGAUGCUGAUGAAAGGCCUGUGUUCAAGUCUGAGGCUGAGAAGGAGCAGUAUGUUAUUGAUUCAGUUCGUGAGUGGGCUCAAGAGCCUGGUGUCUUGUCAAUGACCAAAUUGGAUCAUUUAUUGCACAGGCUAAGUGUUGUGUUCCUAACAUGCCUUUGACCUACACCACUCUUUUUGCUUGUGAGUACAAUUUUCCAAUUUGUGAGCUGCCAACAGGUGGUGAGUUGUGGUACAAAGGCAUUCGGGCCAAUCUUGAUAAGCUGAAGCUUGCAGAGUACCUUAAGAAGUAUAACAAAGUUACUUUGGAUAUUGGCAUUGAUGGUUUACCUCUCAACAAGAAAGGGAAUCCCUCUAAAUUGUGGCCAAUUCUAGGCCAUUUAGUUGGCACUGUCAAUGCUCCAUUUAUCAUCGCUGCUUUCAAAUGGACCCGGGAUCCUCAGGAUGUUAAUUCUUUUAUGUCUGAUUAUGUCAAAGAAGUUCAAGAUUUAUUUAUCAGUGGAUAUACUUUUGAGGGAAAGGAGUACCAAUUUGAAAUCAGAUUCUACAUUUUAGAUGCUGUAGGAAGGCAGUUUUUGAAGUGCAUAACGACUCAUGGUGGGUUUGCUGGCUGUGAAAAGUGUGAAGUAUGGGGUGAGAGCUAUCGUUCCAGGCUCAUUUACCCGGAUCUUGACUCCCUGCUCGCACGGAUGAGUCCUUCCGCCUGCGCACUCAGCCUCGACACCACAAGGGAGUUUCUCCUCUUGAGGCCUGUGGCACAGGAAUGGUGUCUCAAUUCCCGUUAGACCCAAUGCAUUUGGUCUGGGGAGGCGUUGUGAAAAGGCUCUUAGACACAUGGUUAAAUGAAAUUGGUGUAUGGAAAUUGCAUAAUGUAGUUAUUGAACUAAUUUCUGAAGUGUUUCUUUUUCUCAAGCCUUAUUGCCCUGCUGACUUUAAUAGAAAACCCAAUUCUUUAAAGUACAUUAAGAGUUUCAAGUGUACUGAGUUUCGUAGAAUUGUUCUUUAUGAUGGAAUCCUGGCCUUCAAAGACUUGAUUGAUGACAAUAUUUACAGGCACUUCCUCCUUCUCCAUGCUAGUUGUUAUGUCAUGUGUAGUAAGACACUCUACACUCUGCAUCGUGAAACUGUGGUUGAAAUGAUCCAAUCCUUUAUCUCUCAUUCUUCUGUAAUUUAUGGAAAGGAAUUUGUUGUGUACUGUGUACACUCACUAAAACAUCUACCCAGUCAAUGUGAUCUUGGUUUCACAUUAGACGACUUGACAGCAUUUAAGUAUGAAAAUAGACUUAAGUCUAUUAAAGAGGCUCUAAGAAAUGGUCUUCAUACCUUGCAGCAAUUGGCUCGUAGAGACGAAGAAAAAAGUUCAGGUGAUGUCAAUCUUGCUUCAAAGCCAUGUCAUGUCACUGUGUCUUUAAAGCACAAAAUUUUAAAUGAAGUUAUUGAUGGCCAUCAGUUUCGAAAGUUGAAAGCUGGGAGCCUCAUGCUGCGGGUGGGGAAGGCCAAUGGUUGUUUCAAGACCAAGGAUGGAAACAUUAUUGUCCUUCAGAAUAUUGUCAAGAAGCAGCUUAAAAUUUAUCUUGUUGGGUGUAAGUUUGGGUGUCAAGAAGAUUUUUAUGACUACCCUCUCCCAUCAUCGCAAUUGGGUAUCUUGAAAGUAUCUGGGUUAGGAAGAGAGAAGCUUGUCUACUGCUUAAACGAUGUUGCUAGCAAGUGCUACUUAAUGCCAGAUGGGAACCAUUUUUUGUGUGUGCCCAUCCUUCACUCUUCAGAGUUGAUGUGAUGGGCACUUUUCACGAGUCAAGUUCCUGCUCUCAUUGUACUCA